AGGAGGAGGCAGUUUCAAAAGCUAAAUGCUGCAGCUCGGUUGUAAUGGAGCUAGUUUUGUUUUCUGCCGCUUCAAAACAUUUAUUUUAAUAACGCUGAAAGAAGGAAGUGAAUCGUGAUAAACAUGGAGGAGGCUGAGUCUGCGCCGAUGCUGUCCAGAAAAGAGCUGCGUAAACAGAAGCUGAUGGAAUAUUUGGCAGCAAAGGGAAAACUGAAACCCACCUCUGUGCCGUCUCUCCAGAACUGUCUGCGUCAGGUUGUUACUGGAAAGGAAAACAAAAGCUCAGCCGACAAAUUUAAAGACUCAAAAGGUCCAACUUUGAUCGCUCAGUCCAGUCAAAACCCUGUCAGAAGUGCGUUUGGUGUCUCUAACACAGUAAACGUUAGAGGCGGUACACAAAAAGGAAAAGAGAACACUGUUCGUUCAUCAUCGAGCAUCGCCCCACCACAGCCGAAACCUUAUCAAAACCCACUUCUUAGGAAAACGUACACUGUGGUUGUUUCCAAACCCAACGCGACUGCAGCCGGCACCCUGAAGAAGCCGACGAUCGUAAGAGGUCACGCUUCAGGCCAAGCAUCUUCAGCCGCAGCGUCUACAGCCGGAGCAAAGUCAAGUUUCCAAUGUAACCUUAACUCAAACUGCACCACGGCUCAAACAGCCGGCAGUCGGAUCAGCAUGGGCCCGCUUGUCAAAACAAAAACAGGACUCACCCCUGCCGUCAUCCAGCCCAGGAAUACAAAAUCAGAUCUGCCACGACCCAGUGCCGCGUCACGUAAAACUAUCAGCACUGCUUCUGUUGUUAGGAAGGUGCAGGCCUGCAGCACAGCUUCAGCCUCCCUCCGCCAGAAACCUGCUUUAAAUUCAACGGCUGGAGCUAAAGUUCAACCUCAGAACAAGUCCAACCCCAAACCGACUCUAGAUAAACAGACUCUGCCAGCUUGUAAGAGUCAGCAUUCAGGUGGGCUGAGGGUCACCUCUGCCUCCUUUAAGGCCAAAGCACCACCAGCGAGGCCAGAAGGGAGGGCUUUAACCAGUAUGUCCAUAAAGGUAACAUCUGGUGCCGCUCCACAAGCUGCCUCAAGGACAAACACAUCCAGUUCCACAACUGGCAGCAGGCUGAAGCCGACGGUUGUGACCCAGCCAGCAGGGAAAACCAAAACAAAUAAAGAGACAAGUUCUGCAAACGUCCUUCCACCACGAGCACCUCCAAAAUGUGCGGUUGCACCGAUACUGUCCCAGACCGAACCGCAGCCUUCCAGGUCCGUCAGCAUCACAGGCCGGGCCGCGGUCACAAAGACACCGAAGGUCACAGCCAAGGUUCCUCAGACCGAAGGAAAGAAGACGACUGCCCAGGAGGAAAGACUGAAAAAACUCAAGGAGUGGCGAGAGGCUAAAGGAAUUUCUUACAAACGACCUCCAAUGCCGGUGAAAACUCCGGUCAGGCGUGCCGUGUCUGUAGCUCAACCGUUCUGGGUUUCCAUGAAGGCCGAGGAGGACGCCCGUUCCCUCAUCCAGGCUGUGGACAGAACCCUCGCUGACUGCAUCAAACUGUUGGCCGAGGGCUGCCCUCCAGACCAGGUGAGGCAGAUUUUCUCACGGUUGCCACCGCUGUCUCAGAAGUUUGCCAAAUACUGGAUCUGUCGAGCUCGCCUGAUGGAGCGAGAAGGAGACCUGGAUGUGCUGCCCAUGUUCGAAGAGGCCGUCCGUGUUGUAUUGGAGCCUGUAGACGAGCUGAGAUCAGUGGUUUUUGACAUUCUGAAGAAAAAGGACGAGAUCCAAGAGAACGAAAACCAAGAACACAUUUCUUCAGCUGAAAACACUCCAGAUGGUAUCAUCAAUCCCCUGCUGACCCCCAAACCCGUCAGAGCGCUCAUUAAUGGAGAGAAAGGAGACUCCUCUGUGGUCAAGUACAAGAUCACCAAGACUCCUGGUGGUCCCCCGAGUCAGCACAGACAGCCUGUAAGAGUCAACGGCUACGAGGUGCGCUUCUUCACUCCGGUCCGCCGCUCGGUGCGGAUCGAGCGAGCCUCGCUGCAUUACCCGGCGUCCCUCCAGGACCACGACGUCUGCGUGGCCUCGUACAGCGACCUCAUCGCCGAGGAGAACAACGAAACCAGCGACGAGCGGAAGAGCGGGGAGGACAUCCCGCCCGCUAACGACGCGACGAUGUACGUUUACAGAGAGAACGAAGCGCUCGGCGACAAAGUUUCUGUCCAGCUGGUUUAUGACGACCCCGUGUGAUGUCAUCUCCUUCAAGUCUGAUGAGUUUACAUGUUGUGUUUUUAUCACAUCUUACCAGAACGCUUGAUUUGUUGGCUUUUAAAAGCUAUUUCUCCUUUGUUUUCUGUAAGGUUUGUUUGUUGUGUUCUUAAAUAUUGACGUGUACAAAGUAAUUAAAGUACACACGUUUUAAA